AUCCAAGGAAAUGAUGCAGCUAAAUACUAAACUCUGCACAGCGAUGGCUUUAAGAGAAUAAGUUUGACAUUUUCGCCGAUUUAAACACCUCCAUAUGAAUAUGAACUUCCCAUAAAAUCUUGUUUUAAUUACAGCAAAAGAAGAAAUAAAAUUCAAUAUUUGUGGUAAAGAUCUGAGUUAGCAGAGAUGAAGCUUCGUCUGAGUGGAAAGCAGUCUGCUGCAUCCCUGAAUGUUUCAUGAGAGUUUGUCUUCUCCUGCGGUUCUGUGCAGGUUAACUUUGCCCUCUUGUGACGUGAUCAAUCAUCCAAGGAAGAUGUUGUGUGUCCCAGUUUAGUUCCUGCCUCCCAGAGAGCUGCAGAGGAAGACACAGAUCCCAGACAGGAACAGGCCAUGAAACGCCGAGGUGUCGAUGUUGAAGCAGAAACAGAGAUGAUCGCUUUAACUUGUCCUGUUGGUGGAGAAGCUGCUGAAUCUGUAACCAAAUAAACCUCAUCUGAGAGUUUAACACCUCGCUCUGCUUUCACAGUCGCUGCUGCUGCAAAGAAAAGAUCUGAAAUAUUUAACGAGCGUCUUUAACCACUCGGGCCUCCUGCCUGAUGGAAAUAUGGCCGCUGCUGCUCCUGUGGAGGCGCUGACCUGCUUUCAGGACGACUCUCCGUUAAAACCUGCUGUUCUUCUUCUUUCAGCAUCAAAUGAUUCAAUGGGGAAGGUUUCUCUCUUCCAGUGAGUUUUCUCCUGAAAUGCCGGCCCUGCAGCUCUGAUCCAUGGGACACGGAUUGAUCUCCGUUUCUGUCUCUUGGUGUUGUGUGGCUCUGCAGCAGGACUCUCUCCUCUCCCUGUGUGCAUCCAGCCUGCUCCCGUCGGGUUGUCGGAACGCGUUAGCUCCACCUCAACAACCACCAAGGUAAAACACCCGGCCGCACAGCAUGAGAGGUCGAUGAAUAAUGAACAGCGGCUUCAUUUGGGCUCCUGUCGGCCUCCGCUACGGAGCAAACGUGGAGUUUAAGGAGAAACGACACAAGGAGUCGAGGUUAGCUGUAAAAUGUCCACGUCUGUGCAGAAAUACCCCGACACGUAAUGUGUUUGUUUAAAAGCCUCCAGCCUGAGGGGCUCUGACACAGAAACGUCCAGACGAGAGAAACGAAGCCUGGAACACGACUGAAGGAACAGACUGCAGGGAUCCGACUCUGGAUGGAGAGUCUGGACUCUGAUCGGGUCGGUUGUUGGAUCUGAUCUGAUCCGUUCGGCUCCUUAACUCCAUCUGAGAUCCAUCAGCUCCGCUUUCAGUGUUUCCACAAAACCUGCUGCAGCUGAACUCAACAUGCAGCGUCUGAAAGGUCGCAGAGGACCUGUGUGUGUGUGUGUGUGUGAGUGUGUGUGGGUGCAGCUGCGGCGCUCUGCCUUUGCCUCUGAUGACCUUUACUGAGUGUCACUGCUGGACCUGCCGCCUCAGCGUGGCGCUCGGGUCGCGUCACGGAUCGCAUGUUUGACUGACGGCUUCCUCACACACACAUACACACGCACACACACCUGUGUUGAUGAUCACAGUCGGCUCUGGAUCAGAACCGGCUGCAGUUUGUGCAGCGGGCCAACAGGUGCUGAAACAUGCGGCUGUAAUGCGGCUCUGUGUUUGUUGUGCCGACUCAACAUAAUGAGGCUGAAUUAUUCACAGAUUCUCCUGGAAGCUGCAGAAGCUCCGCCUGACAUAAAAGCUCUGGCGUCUCAGGGGCCGAUCUCAUGCUUGGCUGCAGAAAACACAGAGUGUGUGUUCAGGAGAAUGGGUGUGUGUGUGUGUGUGUGUGUGUGUCGUCUGCAGUGGAGAGCAGAAACACAACCUUGACCUAGAUAACAAACCUGUGGAGAAGAGAAAAGGGAGAAGGAAGCUGGUCUGGAGGUCAUGACCUCCUGCUGCUGGUCUGAUGGAUCCACACUGACACAGACCACCGGAGACCCGUCCUCCCAGUUUGGCUCCAGACGUCCUGCUGGUUGAUGAUGGUCGGAUCUGAAGUGAGUUAAAAUGGGAGGAAACCAGAAGAUCCCAGUGGAGCUGGUGAUGAUGAAGAUGAUGGAGUGAUGAUGGUUAUUCUGAUAAAUGGGUUCACACCCACUCAGGGGUCUCUGCUAACGUGUGAGCUGCUGGGAACCAGUAUGAUGGUUUCUCUGUAUGGAUGAUGAGGUUUAAUUUAGUUCAAGGCUUUUAUUUUCUCGGGUCCAACUCUUAGUUAUUAUUGUAAUUUGAAUUACUUUAUUUUCUAGGACAGAAUUAAUUUAUUUUGUUGAUUUUAAUUCAUUCAGGAAAUUCUUCUCUUCCAGGAUUUUAUUUAUGAACUUUUAUUUUCUAAAGUCAAAUCGAAAUUCUUCAAACACCAAAAUUAUUCAAAAUAUUGGCUGAAUAAACUUCAGCCAAUAUUCUUGGCUGAAGUUUAUUCCUGUCUGUUAUCUCAGGUGUUUUUAGAGUGGCGGCCAUCUUGUUUCUGAUUCUAGUUUUCUGAAAUCUGGGCCUUUUUUUGAUUCAGGCAAACAGAGAAUGGAGCAGCUACAUCUUUAGGACUUUACAGUAAUAAUAAACCAGAUGUGUGUGUGGGUGUGUGUGUGUUUUCUGUAGAGUCUCAGUCCUGACUGAGGACUCUGAUGGCGGCAGGGACAAUCUGUCCCCCCGCUCCGCCUCGGCUGCCAGGAUGGAUCCACGGUCGGGUGUGAACGGCCGUCACUGCUGCUGUCUCCCACUUUCACACGGACUUUACGAGUUUUCACACACUGCUGGUCAGCAGCGGGUCCGUCAGCAGAUUCCAGCUGAUUUGGGAGGACAGAUGUUGUUGGAUUGGCAGCUGCAGGUCUGGUUGAGAUUUGGACCAGCAGUGACGGCGCGGGUCGUGGAAACAGUUUGUGGCUCAUCAGCGGUGAAACCGAACCCGGCAGACACCCAACACCUGAGAGAGGAAACUCCACAGUGGGUCUGCUGUCGACCCGGAGAGCUUCAGGCGGGAGUUCUGCUCUACAUCAACCAGAGCCGGUUGCCUAGCAACAGAGGUAAAACAAAACUCAACGAUGAUGGAUGGGACCAGACAGUUUUAAUCUGUUUUCUGACAAACUACGUUAAAGAAGUCCUGAUUGAUUAUUAUUAUUAUUAUUAAAGUCUAUAAAAAUGUCAUUUUAUUAAUUCAUUCUGUCACAAUCAGAACUUUGAGGACAUCAGAUCCUGAUGUGACCCAACAUGAACAUGAGUUUGACUGGGACCAGUAACUCCAGCCACUCCAGUCACUUCACACUCCAGGGUUACUUGUGGAGUACCACAAGGUUCUGUGCUUGGCCCAAUUCCAUUCAACAAAUACACUUACACACACACAUGUAUAUAUAGUAAAGACAGCAGUCUUUACUAUAUAUCCAGUGCUCCAGUGCUCCAGUUUUCUGGAGGUACCAUAAGAUUUAAUAGUAAUAAUUGCAUAUUUUGCUAAUAUUCUAAUCUAUAUAAGGAUCAUGAGUCCAUAUCAGGUGAGAUGAAAAAACUGGAUUCAUUUUAAGGUAUUUGGAGUUACAUUCAGCUCAAACACCAGAAAAACACCUUUAAAAAUUUAAUAAAUAUAUUUAAUCUCAUUUGGGUCUAAACUGAUAAACUGGACCAUUAUGGAUUAUUGGUGAUGAUCCAUAAUCCAUAAUUAUCUGACUCCAGAGGUUUCACAGCAUUUGGAAAACCUUAAACUAUUACACUUUUUAUCUACUCACUAAAAUGUGUUCCUGUAUGUUUUUCAGACUUAUUGCUGUGACCUCUGACCUCUGCUGUUGCUCCUAAUGUUGUGGGAUGAAGGAGCUGCAGGUCAAAUCUCCUGGUAUCUUCAGAGCCAGAAGGUCAUAAAAGGUCCUGACAGUAUCGUUGCAGAUGAUCCACCCAGCCUGGACAUCCUGACCGCGUCCGGAAACAGACGUGAUGUAACAUCUAAUUCCCUCUGUGGGAAAGAUUUCAGUUUAUCCAAGUUCAUCUUCCAAUAGAAACGCCAUUUUGUUUCUUGUUCAGGAGCUUUAGUUGGUUAAAUGUUGAAAAGCGUCGACAGUACUUGCUUUUUUCAUGGACACCAUUAUUUAAAGGAACUUAAGAUGGCUUAUUGGAGCUGAGUGAAGAAAAGACUCCAUGUCAGGUUAUUUUAGACCCACAUCCAGCUUUUGAUGUGGUCAUUUAAACUCCUGCAUUAAAUAUCAUUAAAUUAAACUUUGUCAUUAAAGUCAUUGCAGUCCAAAACGAGACGAGUUCUGGUGUCCCUCUAGGAUGAGUUCUCGGCUCCUUUGUUUCCCCCUAAAUUUACAUUCAGACAUUAAAUCAUGUAAUUCAUAAUGAAAAUGUUUGGCAUAACCUCUACAGUUGGCUGUAGAUGACAAUGAAACCUGGAGAUGCCAUUUACAGCUUGUCUUUCUAAAAUCAAAGACUAAUUUCAAUAUUUGUGACGGUUUUAUGUAUUUAUUGUCAUUGACUUUCUGUGAAGUUUUGUUUUUUCUUUGUCCUGCAGCCUUGUUUUCUCUUCUAAGACAAAUUUCUCCCACAGGAGACAAAUAAAUGAUUUUUUUUUAUUUUAAAAGUCUUAUUAUGCACAUUUCAAGUGGAAAUGUUCAUAAACGAGGCUGCAGAAUAAUUGUUUAAUUUGUGAAAGUUUCAAUAAGAUGUUUAGUAAAACUCUUUAAGAAAGUUGUUGCAAAGAAAAAAAUCAAUUUCUUUUGCAACUUUGAAGUUUUGUUGAUUGAAAUUUGAGAUGUUUCUCUCUUUAAAUCACAUUAAACUUCUCUAACCUUUCUGUAACUAAACAAUCUUGAAGAUAAAUAAAGCAGGAACAUAAACACGCCAUCAAUGAAAUCUGUCCAGAGCUUUUAAUUCUCAGCUCCUGUCCCAGUUUCCUUCAAUCUCUUAAAGCUCUCCUCUCUAACCCCUCCCACAUGGCGCCUGCAGCGCCGGCUGCCUGCCUGCCUGGUGAAUAAUUGACGAGUUCUCCCUCCUCUUUUCCAUCCUCUGCCAUUGUCGCGUCGCUCGUCGGGUUCUCCGGGCCGUGACAGGCCGCCCUCCCCCGCCUCCAUCAUGUCCAGUUUCCACCUGCUGCUGGGCGGAUGGUGACAAACGUACCGGGAGCAGCAGCUGAGAUCUCUCUGGAGUCAUGAGGGAGUUCCUGUUUGUCUUGCUGCUGGUCGCCGAGUCGUCCUGCGUGUUUCUGAACUGGACAUGUGAUCGAAGCUGCGUUUGCCAUGGAGACCUUAAGUUCACCACCUGCUCGCAUGAUGACCUCACCCAGCUUCCCAUCAAGGUCCCGCCCUCCACCGAACUCCUGGACCUGUCCAGCAACCUCAUCUCCGUCGUCCCCAGACAUGUCUUCAGCAGCAACCGCAAGCUGAGGGUUCUGCUGCUGCAGAACAACAACAUCAGCCUGGUGGAGGACGGCGGCUUCGCCCAGCUGGAGUUCCUGCAGAAGCUGGACCUGAGCUGGAACCGGAUCUCCGUCCUCACCGAGGGAUUCUCCGUCGGCCUGUCAUUCCUACGGGAGCUGCAGUUGUCCCACAACCAGCUGACCAGCCUGGAUAGUCGGAGUUUCCUCCACCUGGACGGCUUGCAGAGGCUAAACCUGACCAACAACAGCAUCCAGAGCAUGGAGGUGAGGUCCUUCUCCUCCAUGAGCAGCUUGCGCCAGCUCCACCUGCAGGACAACCAGCUGACGUCUCUGUGGAGCGGCACCUUCUCCAUGCUGCGCUCCCUGGAAGUCCUCAACCUCGCCGGCAACCAGAUCCAUGAGAUGGAGUUAGCCGUGUUCAACCCGCUCACCAGCAUGACCUUACUGAACCUGGCAGACAACCAGCUGUCCACCGUCUGCUUCAAGACCUUCCUGAACAUCCACACCUACAGCACCCACAUCCUGCUGCGGGGAAACCCCUGGAACUGCGACUGCGAGCUGCAGAGAGUUUUCCGGAAGCUGCGCAGCAUCCAGAGGAUCUUCCUGGACGACUACUACAACCUGACCUGCAGGGAGCCGUCCGUCCUGCUCGACCACCGGCUGAUGGAGGUGGACACCGAGCUGUGCAUUGCUGAGACCGUCACCGUGCUCAUCAUCACCAUCACCGUGGUAAUAACCGUGCUGGCUGCCAUGCUUAUGGGCGAGAGGAAGAAGAAGAAGAGGAGGAAGGUGCUGCACUGGACGCAGCAGGGGGAAUUCUCGGAUGAAUCGGAUUUCUGAAGCAAAUUGGUUUAUUUUCCUGGAAACUUUUCCUGGAUGUUUAUUUACACCUAAAGUGAAACUCAACGGUAUUCGUUUGCCUUGAACUCUUGCUAAUGCUGGUUCUUACACGGACAAGCCCCGCCCUCGGCGUUCUCCUAACCAAUCAAAAUACAGGAAAUCUAAAUUCUUGGGUGGUCAAAGGGAAGUGCAAUCCUGUAAAAUAUUCUCCAUAUUCAUCCAGACUGAACAUGCAUGUCAGGAAUGAAAACAUCUUUCAAAACAGAACUGAUACGGUGGGACGAUAUGGAUUUAUUGUGAUAUUAAUGUGAUAAGGAUAAAAAUUGUGAUUAAAGAAAACUAGUUACCCACACAGGAUAUUGUUCUUGAAAAUAUUCUCAUUUGCAAUAGGUUUAUUCAGGACACAACUUACUUAAAAAGUUUGAUUCAUAUCACUAGAAUUCACUCAAUAAAUGCAUUAUAAUUGUACUUUUGAAUUUAUUCAUAUUAUUUAUAUUCUUGUUGAACAAAAAGUGGAGAAAAUAGCAAAAAUAACAUUUCUGAUCAUACGCUCAGUUUUUUAUUUAACAUUGCAUUUAUCAUGACAACGACAUGAUAAAUUAUGAUAAAUGAUAUUUGGUGCCUGCAACAUCUCCCCAACCCAGGCCUGCUCUGCUGCCCUGGGCAACUGCCCUUGUGCUUCAUACACCAAAAACCAACUCUGAUGGGAAAUUAUGCAGGGCUUUUAACAUUUUCAGUUGUUUUCACAAAUAAAAUUCUAGAAAAGCAUGAACUGAAUUUAUAAUCUUCUACAAAGAUUAUAAAAUCAACAGAUUUUUGUCCUGGAUUUUGCUCCAUCUAUUUUUCCAUUAACCGUAUCCAGUUUC